AUGAAAGUAUCUAUUAAGCAAUGGAAUGCUGUGGCGACAUGGCGGUGGGACAUGCCUGAAGACGAUGUCUGUGGCAUAUGUCGAGUCCAAUUCGAUGGCACUUGUCCUACUUGCAAAUACCCUGGAGAUGAAUGUACUUUACUUAUUGGCAAAUGUGGACACUCUUUCCACAUGCACUGCCUCUUAACAUGGAUUCAACAAGAUUCAGCCAAGGGCCUAUGCCCAAUGUGUCGACAGAAAUUCGAAUGGAAGCAGAAUGAAUAA